AUGAACCGUGACCUCAUCGGACUUGAAUACAUUCUCUCAGAUGUGGGGGAACAAACCACCCUUCUACGGUUCAGUUGCGAUAUCUUGAUCCUUCUGUUCAGCCAAGCCAAUUCAAAUGAGGGUGAUCUGGUCGCCAUCGAUUUAGAGCUUCACCCAGAGCAGGCUCGACAGAGAUCGUUCCUUCCUUUCCUUCUCCACGAACCAGUCUCCUCCUCGGAUCCAAUUUUUGUCCGACACACCCUUCUAUAUAUCUGGUGUGGCAUGUUCACAACCGUUUGGGUACUGUGGGGCAUAGAUUUUGAAACGCUGGGACGAACUCAGUUCUCCAUAGAACGUCUUGUCGAUGUCGAGCUUGGCAAGAGAAUAUGUUUUGAGAUUUACGAGGGGCAUCUUUAUGUGGUCUCCAUAAUAGACCAGCAAGAGUCUUCCUUCUACCACUGGUCAUGCUACGCCCCGAAUCAUAAGAAUAACCAGGGUAAUGGACGUCUUUGGCGCCUUGAUCAUCGUGAAGGCCCUAUUCACGAAAUGUGGGCUGAUCUCUCAAUACAAGUGGACGAGGAAAAGGGCCGACCGGUCAUCGUUGAAUGCCGCCGUGAAUGGCUCGACGGCAGAAGCGAAAACUAUCGUACCUACUACACCACACCGCUUCCUAGGCCAGACGAAGCCCUGGCGAUGCAUUCAAAGGAGCUUACCCGCCUCACUGAUACGAUGGAUUCAGGUGAAGCUCAUAGCCAGCUCCAGGGAAAACCACUGGUUCGCGAUCGCCACGCUGAGCAUGAUAUUAGCCGUCCUCUGGACCAACGUUUCGACUUCAUUCCGGCAGAUACCAGGCACAGCAGCUACCACCUGGCUGCGGCGACCUACGUUGACCCUAAUUUGCAAGCAGAUGGGGUGCGCUCUCAGCACUGCUUGCGACUUCGAACGCGGGAACGUAGCUGUGCAAUUCACGAAAGGGGCGUGGAGCAUUUCGACUCUCGUGGUGUUUGCUUAUGGCCUUCCAAGGAUGCUCCCUCGGAUCUACUGGCCCUACUAUGUCCAGACUCGUCCACUAGUCUUGUUCGGACUGUUUGUGACGAGCGGUCGAUCAUAUACUCUACCUCUGCUGAAGGAUUGCCCCCCAAUCACCAUAUACUGAUUCUCAUCAAUUUCGACCCUAUGAUACACUUUCCUUACAUGACCUCCCUGCCUGAACAGAAUGCGAGCACAAAGUCGGCCCGAAAAGUGCUUGAUGCACCGCUGCCUGAUCUUCAUUUUCCCCGCCGGCUCGUACAAAAUGCGGAGGCAUAUCACCAAUCUAUUCGUCAAGGCUAUCGAUUUGAACGCCUAACUUCCAAGAACUUUUCCAACUCACCUUAA